UGGCUGGCCGCCCUGGCCCUGGCCGGACCCUGGUACGGGCUGGCGGGCGAGGGGCAGCGGGAGGCCCGGCCCGGGGCCUACCGCUGUGUCUACGUGCUGCCCUGGGGCUCGUCCCGGCUGGGGCCGCCCUACGGCGCGGCCCUCAUCGUGCUCUGCUACCUCCUGCCCUUCGCCCUCAUGUGCUUCUGCCACUACAACAUCUGCCGGGCCGUGCGGCUGGCCGAGAGCCGCGUGCGGCCCCUCACCACCUACGGGCACCUGCUGCGGGCCUACGGGGAGAUGCGCACGGCCACCACUGUCCUCAUCAUGAUUGUCUCCAUCAUCUGCUGCUGGGGGCCCUACUGCAUCCUGGGGCUGGCUGCUGCCGCCGGCCGCCUGCCCUUCUCGCCCACCAUGGAUGCCGUGGCCAGCGGGAUGGCCUGGGCCAACGGCGCCAUCAACCCUCUGAUCUACGCUGCCCGCAACCCCAACAUCUCCGUGCUGCUGCGGCGAAGCCGUGAGGGCGGCUACCGGACUAGAAACAAUGUGGCGGCCUACCUCUCGGUCCCGGGCCGCCAGCCGGAGCCCUGGAGCCGGGCUGACCGUGUCCGGGAGCGCUACGUCAAUCGGCACAGUGGCCCCCCGGGCAGCGCCCCGUCCUCCUCCAGCCCAGCGAGUGGGGGAGAGGUGGCCAUGUGGGCCUGCAAGAACCCUGCUGUACUCUUCUGUCGGGAUGGGCAACCAGACACCAUCUCUGAGGCCACCUUGCAGGCCAAAGCGGACACUGCCGACACCAGCCUCUGAAGGGAUGGGAGUCCUGGAUGGAGGCAUUCGGCCCUGGAGCUGUUCCCCUGAGGAAAAGCGGGGAGCCCAGGCGCGUGGAGCCCUUUGCAGCCAGACCACCAGGAAAUGGGACUGCGUGAGCCACAGUGUGGUUUCUCCUCCAUCGUGUGAGUUUUGGCGAUCUGGUCGGCAAGCAGUGAGAGCUCCACAGGGAGAGGAAGUCCCCCUUCCCAUUCAGCAGGUGUGAUAUGCUGGAGAUUGCUGCUGAGCCCAGCCAGCACAAGAACUUGACUGCAAGAACGAAACAGUAUGUGCUCCAGUCCUGCAGAAAGUGCCACAGUGAAGCUAAGACAGACACACAAAUACAGCCCCAACUGACUGACUGUGUGAGCUGGUUGUUAAGUGCCAAAAAAGCAAUUGAAAGCUGAGCGCUGGCAGCUGGAAGACACUCUGAAAACACCACACUGUGAAACUGCAUCUUGGCGGUUUUGUUGCUUUAACCCGUUAUGUGUGGAAGUGCUGAUAGUCAGAAAGUCAUAAACUAUAGGACAGGCUAAAAAAGCAAUCUGUUAAGUUUUGGGUUUUUUUUUUUGAACUCCCAAGCAUAACAAACAGUAACUGUUGUGGAAAGGAAGAUGUAUACCGUGAGGGAAGGAAAGGAAGAUGAAACCUCACCUGUCAGAAUUUCAGCAACUUUUUUUUUUUUUUUCAGGUACAGUCUACUUAAAAUACUAUGAAUGUGAGAAAUGAGAGUUCAUCAGUCAGACUGAGGGAAAGAGUGUGAGUGUAGACUAUAUGGUAUUGCUGAGUUUGUGCACAAGGUGUGUGUUUUCUUUUUGAGUUCAUCCAAAGUGUCUCACAUCUCUAAUCAUGUUUAGAGGAGCCAUGCGAGAGAGGUGAAGGGAGAGGUAAAGCAAUACUAUGUGUUCGUGUGCUCUUAAGCAUGUGAGAAUGUGUAUAUGCAGAGAACAUAUUACUGUAUUAAUGGCAGCAAUCCAUCUGGAGUAUAAUAUUUUAAAACCAGCUCUGUUUGCCAUUGUAAAAAAAGGAAAAUAACACAGUGAAAGUGUGAUUGCACAGCACAAAUUCAUAUGAAUUUAUCAGUAUAAAUUUUUGUCCAAAGGCCUAAAGCCUUAAAUGAGUAUUUUGAAUCAGAAACUAAGAUUGGGCGUUCCGUUAUCUUUGCCAGAGUUAAAUGUGAAAGACAGGCAGUGUUUUUCCUUGUACAGGCUUUAAAAAUACAAUGUUAAAGUUUUACCGGCUUUUUCAACUGUUUGUGACCCAAGUGAAUAUAGUAUUAUUAUUUUGUAAGUAACUGAGACAAGAAAUAAACUUUGUCUUUU